AACACCUUUACCAAAUGUCAGAUUUUAUUGAACGUCUUGGUGUCUGCAGGAGAUGCUCAAAAGCCUCGCAGGCCCCUCAAAAUGAUGAGUGUCGCUUGGUUCAUGAUCAUAUGCCACCCCAUGCCUAAUAAUAUUGCAUACUCUUGAGCAGCAGUCCCUCAUUUUUCCCCCCGGCAACUGACAGAACCUAUAUUCUAGUCUUUACUGAUCUAACUUUCGUGGGUAAAUUGAACGAUUUUCAGACGGUAUCAUCUGCCUCUUUGACCAUGGAGAAGCGAGAAGUGUCUUCCGAGCGCGAAAACCAUGACCCAUCUGAUGGCAAUCACAGCGGGAGCCAUUCUAAGCCUACCAAUGGACUGAAAGGGUUCUUUCGCAUCUUUAGAUAUGGCGGACCGACCGACUACGUUCUCGAAACUGUCGCCGUGGUUGCUGCCAUAGGGUCUGGAGCAGGCUUGGCGAUGGUGAACCUCGUUCUUGGUCAAUUCAUGGACAUCAUCGCCAACUACACCACUGGUGCCAUCUCGUCUGAUGAAUUUAUGGCUGGCGUGAGCAAGUUCUGCCUCUACUUCGUGUACAUCGGUAUCGUUCGAUUCGUUCUCACGUAUAUCUACGCGACAAUCUUCACCUAUGUUGCGUUCAACAUUACCCGAAAUGUCCGAUGUGCUUACCUUCGGUCCACCCUACGCCAGGAAGUCAGCUUCUUUGAUCACGGUACCGCCGGGUCCAUCUCUAUGCAGGCGACUUCCAGCGGGAAACUAAUCCAGUCGGGAAUUGCUGAAAAGCUUGGGCUCGUUUUCCAAAACCUCACUACUUUUCUGGCUGCCUUCAUCAUUGCGUUUGUGAAGCAAUGGAAGUUGGCCUUGAUCAUCAGCUGUAUCAUGCCGGCUCUGCUGAUUACGAUGGGCUCAGUCGCGAUCCCCGACGCUGUGAUCGACUCGAAGAUCUUUCCGAUCUACGCGCAGGCAGGAACGUAUGCAGAGAGCAUUUUGGGCAGCAUCCGGGCUGUCAAAGCAUUCAGCGUAGAGUCCCGAAUCCUCGAAAAGUACACGACCUACCUCGCCUCUGCGCGUCAACUCGGUAACAAGAAGAGUCCUCUCUACGGGGUCAUGUUUGGUGGACAGUACUUCGUUAUCUACGCCGGGUCAGGACUUGCCUUCUGGCAGGGUAUCGCAAUGGUUGCGCGUAAGGAAGUUGACGGUGUCGGCACAGUCUUCACCGUUCUAUUUUCCGUUAUCAUUGCAUCCACAACCAUCACAGCAGUGGCACCUCAUAUGGUCGUGUUCAGCCGCGCAGCGACGGCCGCUUCUAAGCUCUUUGCUCUCAUCGACAGGGAGUCGUCAAUCGACCCUUUCAGUGAGUUGGGUGCUAAGCCUGAGAAGGUGUCCGGCACUAUCGAUAUCGAGAGAGUUAGCUUCAGCUACCCUACCAGACCAGAUACUCAGGUGCUGAAGGACUUUUCCCUUCGAGUUCCUGCAGGCAAAGUCACAGCUCUUGUUGGAACAAGCGGCUCCGGAAAAAGUACUAUCAUCGGCUUGUUGGAGAGGUGGUACGAUGCCCAGGCUGGUCUCAUCAAGCUCGAUGGCGUCGACAUUCGGACUCUGAGCCUGAACUGGCUCCGAACUAACAUGCGUCUCGUUCAACAGGAACCUGUUCUAUUCAAUGCCACUGUGUUCGACAACAUUGCCAAUGGCUUAGUCGGUACACCUUGGGCCACUGCGACGCACGAGGAACAAAUGGUUCGAGUCAGAGAGGCAGCAAAGCUCGCGUUCGCAGACGAGUUCAUUGUCAAUCUACCAGAUGGCUACAAUACACGCAUUGGUGAACGAGGCGGUCUGCUCUCUGGGGGUCAGAAGCAGCGUAUCGCCAUCGCGCGUAGCAUCGUGGCCCAGCCCAAGAUUCUCUUGCUCGACGAAGCCACAAGCGCGCUUGAUCCUCACGCGGAGGGCAUCGUCCAAAAGGCUCUAGACAGUGCAUCAAAGGACAGGACGACGAUUGUUAUCGCGCAUAAGCUUGCAACUAUCAGGAACGCCGACAACAUUGUGGUCAUGAACAAGGGCAGGAUCGUCGAACAAGGCCGUCACUCCGACCUGGUUGCUGCUGGCGGAACUUAUGCCAAACUUGUUCAGGCUCAGAAUCUAUCAGUCGAUCACAACAAUCAGAGCGACGAUGGGUCCGAUAAUGAAUCAACGCAAGCAAUCGAAGAAACUCAGUCCCUGGCAAAGUACAACACCGCGGAUGCACAGGUUCUCGCCUCGUUCAAGGACCGGGAGAAUUUUGCUCUUCACACACAGACUGGACUGUUCCACACUGUGAUGAAGCUGGUCGUGUCAACCCCAGAGAUCAAAUCUUGGUAUCUGCUUGCCAUGUGUACCUGUUUGCUGGGAGCCGCCGUCGACCCUGGCCAGACACUCCUUCUGGCUAAAGUAAUGUCUGCUUUCACCGCACCAGACAUGGUCCAACGUGGGAAUUUUAUCUCUUCGAUGUAUUUUGUAAUGGCUCUGGGAUGCAUGAUAGUCUAUUUCGUUAUGGGCUGGGCAACAAAUGUUAUCUCGCAGACGCUUGGUCAGAAGUUUCGUCAAGACCUUUUCAGAGACAUACUCAAACAAGAUCUUCGCUUUUUUGAUCGUCCAGAAAACACAGUCGGCUCCCUGACCAGUCGGAUCGAGUCGAACGCCCAGGCCAUUACUGAGCUAAUGGGAUUCAACGUGGCUUUAUGCCUAAUGGCUCUGAUCAACGUGCUAGCAAGCAGCAUCCUUUCCAUCGCCAUCUCUUGGAAGCUGGGUCUCGUGGGAGUAUUUGCCGGCAUGCCCCCAUUGUUGCUGUCUGGCUAUGCACGCAUACGCAUUGAGACGAAGAUGGAUGCCGAUAUCGAUUCCAAGUUCUCCGCCAGCGCAUCAAUUGCCUCGGAGACUGUAAGCGCUAUUCGCACGAUCUCUUCGUUGGCGAUAGAGAGAAGCAUGCUGCAAAGAUAUAGUAGCGAACUCGAUGAUGCGGUAUCAAACUCGACCUUGCCUUUAUUCCAGUUGAUGGUGUGGUUCGCGCUUACGCAAUCCGUUGAAUACUUCAUUUUGGGACUUGGUUUCUGGUGGGGGUCGAAGCUGGUCGCAAAUGGAGAGCUUACGUUCUCACAAUUCAUCAUCUCCUUCAUGGGCCUCUUCUUCUCUGGACAGGCUGGCGCAACAUUCUUCAGCUAUUCCAGCAGUUUCACAAAAGCCAAGACUGCUGCAAACUACUGCUUUUGGCUCUCUAAUCUCAUGCCGACAAUCAGGGAGAAAAAAGAAACCAAGGGCAAGGGUCCUGCGGUUGAAUGCCAGAUGAUUGACUUCCGUGAAGUUCAGUUCUCGUAUCCGUUAGCCCCCGACAAUCGAGUUCUGAAGGGCGUCUCACUGAAGAUCGAUCGGGGACAGUUCGUGGCCUUUGUUGGAGCUUCAGGCUGCGGCAAGUCAACAAUGAUCGCUCUCCUCCAGCGUUUCUACGACCCAACGAGCGGCUCCAUCGUGAUUGACAAGAUAGACUCUCUUACAGAUCUCAGCCCUCGCCUAUAUCGCAGCAAACUCGCGCUCGUCCAACAAGAGCCGACGCUCUUCCCUGACACCAUCAGAGAGAAUAUCAAAGUAGGCAUCGAUUUCGACUCCCAUGAGGGAGUUGUGGCGGAUGACAGCGUCAUCGAAGCAGCAUGUCGUGCAGCCAAUGCCUGGGACUUUGUCAGUUCUCUUCCCGAGGGGCUCAACACCCCUUGCGGACAUGGGGGAAGUCAACUUUCUGGUGGCCAGAGACAGAGGAUCGCCAUAGCGAGGGCCCUGGUGCGCAACCCCGACGUCAUCCUGCUAGAUGAGGCAACGAGCGCACUUGACACGGAGUCCGAGAAGGUUGUGCAGAAAGCAUUGCAGGAAGCGGCGGGUACGGGCAACCGCAUCACCAUCGCCGUAGCUCAUCGCCUGUCCACAAUCCGCGAUGCCGACAAGAUAUGCGUCUUCUAUCGUGGUCGGAUUGUCGAGACAGGGACCCAUGAUGAGCUUAUCGAGCUCGGAGGGAUGUACAAGAAGAUGUGCGAGGCGCAGAGCUUGGAUAGGACAGUUUGAGUAGAUUGAUAUAUGUCAAGUAGAGCUUGAUGAUAGAAAAGUAGAGGGACUUCCGUGGUUUGUUACUAGAAAUAAAUUUAGUUUUUCGAGUUAAGAAUUAUCAAGACGACCAUCAAAGGCUUUCUGAGAUUUCUGCGGCGCGGACUGAAAGACCAGGAUGUGUUGAGACUGUACUCGAAUGGGAGAGAUGAGGUC